CAAUCAAGUUCGAUAUAUCAGAUGUUUUAACCUUUACUUUUAACGCUGUAGAAAUGUUUUAACCACAGAAAGCACGUGCUUACCGAUAUAACGUGAUCGAUUAGCAGGCACUACACGGUAUCGGUGGCAUGAUAUCUUUAAGCUAAUAUUAGCUACAGGUAACGUUAGCUGAGGCAACGUUAGGCCGAAACAGAAGUUUGCCGUCCACGUUUUGCUGAGUCCAGCGUUGCCGGAUCCAGUAAUGGGAGCAGAGAUCAGUGGGAUUGCUGCUCUGCACGAGUUCUUGCCUCAGUGUGUAUCAGCACAAACAGGAUGGAAGUAACGACUGGAUUUCUGGAGACAUGGCCACAGAACAUAUUAAUGGAAAUGGUCCAGAAGAACCAAUGGACACCUCUGCUGCAGUUACCCAUUCUGAGCACUUCCAGACUUUAUUAGAAGCUGGUUUACCACAGAAAGUUGCUGAAAAACUAGAUGAAAUUUACAUAGCAGGUUUGGUGUCACACAGUGACUUAGAUGAUCGAGCGAUUGAGGCUCUGAAAGAGUUCAACGAGGAAGGUGCUCUGCAAGUCCUUUUGCAAUUCAAGGACAGCGACCUCUCACAUGUUCAGAACAAAAGUGCCUUUCUUUGUGGCGUGAUGAAGACGUACAGACAGAGAGAGAAACAAGGGACCAAAGUCUCAGACACCAAUAAAGGACCAGAUGAAGCCAAAAUCAAAGCUUUGCUGGAGAGAACUAGCUACACGCUUGAUGUGACAACAGGCCAGAGGAAGUAUGGGGGUCCUCCACCAGAGUCCGCCCACUCAGGGGCGCAGCCCACCAUUGGUACAGAGAUAUUUGUAGGCAAAAUCCCCAGAGACCUUUUUGAGGAUGAGCUGGUUCCACUGUUUGAGAAAGCUGGCCCCAUCUGGGACCUGCGCCUGAUGAUGGAUCCUCUCAGUGGCCUGAACAGAGGCUAUGCCUUUGUCACUUUCUGCACUAAAGAAGCUGCACAGCAGGCUGUCAAAUUGUGCAACAACAAUGAAAUCCGACCGGGUAAACAUAUCGGCGUGUGCAUCUCUGUGGCCAAUAAUAGACUGUUCGUUGGCUCCAUCCCCAAGAGUAAAACAAAAGAGCAGAUUGUUGAAGAAUUUGCAAAAGUUACAGAGGGUCUAAAUGAUGUCAUAUUGUACCACCAGCCAGAUGAUAAGAAGAAGAAUAGAGGCUUUUGCUUCCUGGAGUAUGAAGACCACAAGACGGCAGCUCAGGCUCGUCGCCGUCUGAUGAGUGGCAAGGUGAAGGUGUGGGGAAAUGUGGUCACUGUAGAAUGGGCUGACCCUAUCGAGGAUCCGGAUCCAGAGGUCAUGGCCAAGGUCAAGGUGCUGUUUGUGAGGAACCUAGCAAGCACUGUUACAGAGGAGAUACUUGAAAAGACCUUCAGUCAAUUUGGCAAGUUGGAGCGGGUGAAAAAAUUGAAAGACUAUGCCUUCAUCCACUUCGAGGAAAGAGAUGGUGCUGUGAAGGCGUUGGCUGAUCUCCACGAAAAAGUACUUGAAGGAGAGCGCAUCGAAAUUGUCUUCGCCAAACCCCCUGACCAGAAGAGGAAAGAGCGUAAAGCCCAGAGACAAGCUGCCAAAACACAGAUGUAUGAUGAAUACUAUUACUAUGGGCCUCCCCACAUGCCACCACCCACAAGAGGCAGAGGCCGAGGAGGGCGAGGAGGUUAUUCUUACCCUCCAGAUUAUUAUGGCUAUGAAGACUACUAUGAUUACUAUGGAUACGAUUACCACAACUACCGGGGUGGCUACGAUGACCCGUACUAUGGCUACGAGGACUUCCAAGGGUCCGGCAGAGGACGAGGAGCAAGGGGUGGAGUCCGUGGAGGUGCCAGUCAGACCAGAGGCCGCGGUGCUGUCACAGCGAGGGGCCGUCUGGGCUUCUCCCAGCGAGGAGGCCCUGGAACAAGCAGAGGUCCCAGCAGGGAAACGGGGUCGAGGGCGGUCCUGACCUGUGACAGUGGAUACUGACUUGAUGUGUGGGGUUAACACCGUAAGCUGCAAUGGAUGUUGAAAUGAAAAAGAGCACGACAAAAAGGUCCAAUGAUAUUCCAGCCUUACAGAAGAAGCAUCGCCCCUCCCCCCCAUGUUUUUAUUUUCAAUUCUUUCUGAAACUGCCACCUUAAAAAGAUGACGGAGGAUUCUGAAUACUCGCCACAGCCUCUUUGUCCUGAAUCCCUGAACCCAGCCCUGAAAAAAUAUGGCUCUAUGUAUUGCCCUUACAAUCUACCCCUUCCCUGUCCCUGAUCAUGCCAUUUUUUAAAUAAUUAUUGAAGAAUUUGCACUUUUUUAAGUUCUUAGGUUUGAAGUGGCUCAAAGGAGCUUGAUGCUAUUGUAUAUUUUUGUGCUAAUCGCAAUUUUUAUUGUCGGAAUAUCCAUGUUAAUCUUAAUCGUUUGAUCUGGAUGUUUGAAAGAAAACAUUUGCAGGUUUUUAGGGUGUACCCACCUGGCAUGGAUAAGUCAGGCAUUCCAGGAAAGUGGUUCUUUUCAGAACUUGUCUUUAAAGGGUUGGUUGACUACCUCAGUACAGAGGACUAAACUACCCGGCCUGUACUGUAAAUAGGGAAACUAUAUUGAUGAAAGCAGGGCUUGUUUUCAUACAAAAUAUGCACAAGAGCUGCAGCGCAAAAACGAUGUACUUAAUGUAAUAUAGUCAUUUUUGCUGCAGCUCUGACACUGCAAACAGUCAAACUGGGCAUGCAAAACAAUCUCAUAUGAUGAGUCUGAACAAGCCCUGCUUUUAUCCUAUUUUGAACUGAAUUAGCCGCCUUGCUUCUUCAGAGUAUGUAGUUACUGGUUGUAUAGUUUUUCGGAUAAAAAUGUUACUUUUGUAAAGGCUUCAUCAUCACAGGCAUCCAACUGCCUUUGAUAAAAAAAAAAUUAAGAACAAAAAUAAAGCCCUGCAGUGUCCCUUUUGUGCCACUGUAUUAUUCCAGUGGGUUUGUUUUUAUAUGGAUAACACAUUUUCAAACAACUUCAAGAUCAUGUUUAACAACCUAAUCCAAUCAUUCAUCACAUAAGAUCAUGUAAAUCUUGAAUGAUCCCUUCCCAGCUCCGAAGACGGCAACCAUCUACAAGAUCUUUUGAGUUCAUCUUAAUGGAUGACUGAAUUGCCCUGUUGCCCAGCCUGUGAGCAUGCGUGUCUCAUGCUGGCUGCUGCGAUCUGGCGAGGGAUCAUAGUCACAUAGUGGUGGCAAGGGAUACUGCAGUGAACGAUUUCUAUUUCCAGGUAUAGCAAAAAGGAAACUGUGCUAUUCAAUCCCAGUUUUCUAUACAGUUAACUCCCUCAAUAAACUUGUAACAACCACCUUUUGAAAAAAAGAUGUUAGCAGUUUUAAACUAUUGUUGGUGGCCAACAACGUUUUUUGCAUUCCUGCAAAUAAAUUGUUUUAUACUGUAAAAUGGAGGUGAGUGUAACUUAUUUUUGUAAUAAAGUUUUUGAUUUCUA